UCAUCCCACCCCAGAAUGUCUUCCUCAGUACUUGAGGUCACAAAAGUGACACCACAUUAUUGGAAAAUAACAAUUAAUCACCCUCCUUUCAACUUAGCGGGUCCAGAGUUCUUCUUAGACCUUUGGAAUCUCCUACAGACUGCUGAAGGUGAAUCCGACCUAAAGAUUAUGGUUUUCGAGAGCGCAAUCCCGGAUUUCUUUAUUUCUCAUUACGAUUUACAAAGAGCUCCGUCUAUCCCAGCUGAUCUGUUGGCUAAAUGGCCACUGAUGAUGAUAAAGCUCGCAACAAUGCCCGUAAUUACUGUGGCCGCGAUCCGUGGAAGAGCACGAGGUAUUGGGUCCGAAUUUAUAUUGGCGUGUGAUAUCCGGUUUGGCAGCGAAGAGAAGGCUAUUUUAUCCCAGGCAGAGGUUAGCUUCGGGCUGAUCCCUGGAGGUGGGGGGGUUGAAUUGCUUCCAAAUCAUGUCUCGCGCAGUCGAAUGCUCGAGAUAAUAUGUGGCAGUGAUGAAUUUGAUGCCAAAACUGCCGCACAAUACGGCUGGAUCAAUCGCACUCUUCCAGAUUCCGAUUUGGAUAGCUUUGUGGAUAAAUUUGCACGUCGCAUAGCCGGAUGGCAUAAGCAAUCACUCUCGUCGGCAAAGCAGCUUACAAACUCACGAUUCGGACUUCCCCGGAAAGAACAUUUUUUCGAAUCCUACCAAGCUAUGGCGCAGCUUUGGGCCGAUGCCAAAGUGCAAAGAAGGAUGCAAAUUCUAAUUGAUAAGGGCCUUGAAAAAGAAAAGGACGUGGAAUUGAAUGUUGCAGAAUUUACCGCUAGAUUCCCUAUGCAUUAAAUUACAGAAUGUCUUUAUAU